GUUGCUUAAAAAUUUCACUUAAAGCAAUUUAAAAUCAAAUUGAAAUAACAUUGGGUUAUACUGCAAAAAUAAUUAUGUGGAAAGAAAAGUCGCGCAAUAUUAUGAAGUGUGCAAUUAAAAACCUUCUCUUUUUCUCUUUGUGUUUAUCGUAUAAAGUACACACUUAAAGAUAAAUCCAUUUUUGCUGUGUAUAAGACACGUUACUUGUACAGAGACUUAUUCGAAUAAUUUAUAACUCAAUAUCGAAUCUCUAACCGAUCAAAACGGUUUGUAAUAGAGCGCGGUCUUGCACCAGAGUUGUCGUAGAUGAUUUAUGACGCAUCCAGAAAGAAUAGCAAUCGCGAAAAGAUGACGAUAAAAACAACCUAUGUAACAGUAAGAGGGUCACAGCGUAUAGAUUUAUUUUUUAGAGAGGGAUAAUAUAUAUAGAUUUCAUAUUUUCAUAUACACAUAUAUAUAUGUAUAUACAUAUAUAUACAUUUUUAUUAAGUUUGUGUUGUUUCGGCAGUAGAAUCUUCGUGCGAUCGCACACAUGAGUCACAGAUCUCCCAUUUACAUCACUAUUUUAUGUCACAGAUGUAUCUGUGUAUGUAUGUACAUAAUAUUUAUUAACAAUUACACACAAUGACACACGCAUAAGUUACGAUAACAUAUAUACGUACAACACAAGACACACAUUUAUAAAAUAAUGAUUACCGGUUAUUGUUAUAUCGUUAAUAGAUGAUUAUAUGUUGCGCAAGGUAACAAACUCUCUUUCAAAUAAAGUGGUUAUUUUAUAAAAACAUCGCGCAUCUCGCACGCAUACGCGCACGCACGCACAUACACACGUGUUCUUUUUCCAGUAUCAAUGAAUAAAUAUGCUCGACUGUGCAGAUUGCGCGCACGUUGAUGGAAUACUAUAUCACUCUCGCUCUUUACGAGUGAGUCAUGUCUUCUGUGGUUUCUCUCAGUGCAAUUUUAAUUCAUUACACAUAGUAUAUAUAAACAAGGCCGCGUAAAUUGUAAAACGUUAACAAGAGCCGCGCGCUCUUUUCUUUAGCAAUUUAGAUACGAAACUUUCGUUUGUGAUUUUCAACGCCAAAUCCCCGACUAAUUGGCAUAAACGCGGUUGAAUUGAAUGACACAGGUGCACGCACGGCAGAUUCUCAUUAGUUUUCGCAACUUCGUGCUUUGGAGUGGACCGACGGAGUAUUUUCAUUGUGCGACGUGUGUGUGUGUGUGGGUGGGUGGGUGUGUAUACGUCGUUGGGCAAAAGUGGAACGGCACACAGCGACACAAUUGUGGGAACCCUUUCCAUUCCAUCCUCUCUUUUCAGCGCACUGACAAAAUGCACUGACAAAAGCAAAGAUAUGCCAGAUGGAAAAAGAAAUAAAGAUACGCAAAUAAGCGCGCUUUUAAUUACAGAUUACAUUACUUAUAACAUUUCCGUUUGCAAGACACUUAGCAUUUAAUAUCUCAUCGAGAAUCAGAGCUCUGUUGUCUCAAAAAAAAAAGCACGCAUCUGGUAUAAAUUAAUUUAAAUUAAAAGUUUCUUUUUCAAAAAUAAAAAGCACUACAGUAACUGUUGCAUUUGUGUGAUAAUGGUAUAUAUUGCGCUGUACAUUGUCGUUUUUGCGCGUUUUAUAUAUUUAACAACAUAGAUAUAUAUAUAUAUACGAGACGCGCAAUGAAUAAUGCAAUUUCAAGAGUCCACAGUUGCUUUUUUUUUUUUUUUAUCCUACAUCUAAUUGUGUCAUGAGACUUUGCACAUGUGCGACUCAAAAGGAGAGAAUUGCAUAAUUUGUGUGUAAGUUUUGCGCCUGCGGCGUGUUUAGUUGUCGCGUGUACGCGUUUCACCUUGGACGUUUGUAUUUCAUUACCUCGUUAUGGGGAAAAAAAAAUAGCCUUCUGUGCACGCACGUGUACGUACACAUGAAUAUAUACAUAUACGCACAGAGAUAAUCGCACGCCCAACAACCGAAUAAAUUAAACGGAAUUGUAGAUGCUUGUGCGCACGCGAGCAAGCGACUCCAUUACCUUCGCAAUAGUUAGACUUUUCCAUUAUUGUCUACUUAAGUCUCAUUAUUUUUUUUACCUAUUUGCAUGUAAAACACUUGUUGCGCCUUGAGUUUAUGCUAAUGCAACUAACACGAGGAAAUUUAUUGUAAACAACAAUUAGCGUACAUAUGUAUAUAUAAUGUAUAUUAUUAUAAUUUGAUUUAUCAACAAACUUACUUUUCAGUCGCAGUCUUUCCAACACUGGGUAGCUACCACACGUAAUUUUUGCUCUCAGAAUUGAUUUCAAUCGGAAAUUUUCCAUCAAUGUCGUGGUAAUAAAAUCAAAAUAUGUUUAUCUAUUUUUUAAAAUAAAAAUCAAGAGGUGAGAUAAAUUACAUCGAUAAUGUACAUCGUUUGAAAGUGGGUGCUUGCUCGACCGUAUACUCGGUCGCAGCUGGCGAAACAAAAUCAAACCCAAUUUUUUGGUAUUGGUGCGAAGUGGCUCGGGGUGGACCGCUUCAGGUUGGUCCAUGCACCAUCCUAAGAAAAACAAUUUUUUUAUCACAGUCCACCUACAAUAAAAACACAUAUGAUGCGAAAAAGAGAUUAUAACGGUUGCCAAUUAUCGGGGGUUUUCAAAAGUACCUGCGCUGUCGGUUUUAUUUUGCGGUCCACUUGGUAACCGUUGGUAACACUGCAAAGCAUCUUUUGAUCAUUUACGACUGUUCGGAGCAGUUCGAAGGAAGUCGCACGCCUAGGACAAUGAUCAAGUAAUUAUUUGCACAGUGUAGCAAUUUGUUAUUUGCGAGUUUGUUUCGAAGCCUUCACAAGAUAAGUAACUUGGCAAUCGUUCGAGAAAGUUGCAAACUCAAAACCGUAGAAAAAGAAAAGAGAGGUUAGGUUUGCCCGCCACUGGUGGGUAUUUAGGGUUAGAAAUAUGUCAGACAAAGAAUCGAACAACGAGAUCCAGAUAAUAUCUGAAAGGUUGCAGACCGUCGCUACUCUCGAGUACAACAACACGCAGCAACAACAGGGAAAGAGUGCGCGGAAAAACAACAAUUCCGUGGACAUUAAAACGAUCAGCGAUAACGCGACUAUCACCACCACGGAGAACAUCUUCGUCAGGAACGUACCCGAACUCAAUUUACCCGAGAAGAUAUUGCUCGUUAUCGACACUGUCAAAGAGCAACAAUGCACGCCCUUCAAGCUCGGCACGGGCGCAACGUACUCGCCCCUGUUUAUGAUCAAACGUGUGGUCGAGAACUUUGUCUGCGCCAAGUCCACCAUUCAACCCGGUGUGCAUCAGUACGCGCUGAUGAGUCUGGAAGCGAUGGACACGUGCUGGCUUUGCGAUUACACCAGCAACAUCAAAACUGUGUUCAAUUAUUUGGAGGGCAUAGAGGAGAACACAUUGGAUGAGGAGCAAAAAACUUACGAUCUUGGAAAUCUGUUCGAGACGAUACACGGGCGAAUAGCUAUACCGUCCAAACAUCAGCCGGCGUUUGUUUCGCGUGUAAUCUUGAUAUAUGGACGUUCAAGCUCCGUUCCGAAAUUUUAUACGAGACAAAAGUACUUGGAGAACUUGACGGAAAAUCCGUAUUUCUUUUUGGACGUGCUGUUUGUGCACGAACCACCCGGUGACGACGACAUAUGCGAGAAGGUGUACGCCGAAAUCGCAGCUCUGGAUACCAUGGGUUUUUCUUAUAUUUUCGAGGUGGGCAGAAACGCCGCCAAGAUACACGAUAACAUGGCGAAAUUGUUGGCACAUCCGUUGCAGCGACCGCUUCAGAAAGAUGCUUCUUACACGUACACCCCACUCGACGUCAAACACUCAUGAAAUGCAUAUUGUGUAAUUCUCGGCGCAUUAUUACGCUAAUUGUAUAAUUUUUUCUGUACAUUUGUUAGGAUAUAACUUAUUUUUGCAAAGAAAUUUGUAUUCUUCAUGGAUUCACUCUCUACUUUGUUGUUAUACGUAUAGUUUAACAUAAUAUAACAAGAGAGAGAGAGAGAGAGACGAUCAGUUGCUUGAUCAGUACAUCGAUUACAAUACAUAGAUACAUUUUAAAUCUGUGUUUAUUUAUCAAUAUAUAGAUAGAAAUAAUUUUGUUAUAUAUAUAUAUAUAUAUAUUCUUAUUAAUCUCUCGUCUCGAACUUAUACCGCAGAAUAUAAUAAAUAAACCUUACUUUUUUUAUAAAACACACAAAGCCUCAGAGAUAUUAACACAUGUGAAAUGUUAAUUUAAGAUAUAUUAUUAUAUCGAUCUUUUUAUCGCUUGUUUGUAUGAAAUUUUUUUUUUUUGUUUCUUUUCGCAUUCGUAUUAUUUUAAUUUAUUUUAUUUGUAUGAUGUUUUACUUUU